AUGAGUAAUACCGACUUCCUGGGACGGGCCAUCGACACGGUCAAGAAAGCCAUCGAGCUCGACAAUGGCGGCGAGUACGAGAAGGCGUACCAGACAUACUACUCUGCCUUGGAGCUGUUCAUGCUCGCCCUGAAAUGGGAGAAGAACCCCCGAUCAAAAGAGAUGAUCCGGGCCAAGACCGGCGAAUAUAUGGAGCGCGCGGAGAAGCUCAAGAACCACUUGGCGCAGCAAGGGGAGAAUCGGAAGAAACCCAGCGCUGUAGGCGCGAACGGGAAGGUGGCGCAAGGAAGUGGGAAGGGAGCUAAGGAGGACGAGGAGGAGGACGCCGAUGCGAAGAAGCUGCGAGGAGCUCUGGCCGGUGCUAUAUUGUCAGAAAAACCAAACGUUCGAUGGGAGGAUGUUGCUGGUCUGGAGGCAGCCAAGGAGGCUCUCAAGGAAGCCGUCAUUUUGCCUAUCAAGUUCCCUCAUCUCUUCACUGGAAAGCGGCAACCCUGGAAGGGUAUAUUGCUCUAUGGACCCCCCGGUACCGGAAAGUCGUACCUGGCCAAGGCUGUCGCGACGGAAGCAAACAGUACUUUCUUCAGUGUCAGCAGUAGUGACCUGGUGUCAAAAUGGAUGGGUGAGAGUGAGAGGCUCGUGAAACAACUGUUCAACAUGGCUCGAGAGAACAAGCCCGCCAUUAUCUUCAUUGACGAAGUCGACGCUCUCUGUGGGCCCCGUGGUGAGGGUGAAUCAGAAGCGUCUCGACGUAUCAAGACGGAAUUGCUUGUCCAGAUGGACGGUGUAGGCAAGGAUUCUCGAGGCGUGCUGAUUCUGGGCGCAACGAAUAUUCCUUGGCAACUCGACGCUGCCAUCCGUCGACGAUUCCAACGAAGAGUUCACAUCAGUCUUCCUGACAUCAAUGCACGGAUGAAGAUGUUCAUGCUGGCCGUGGGCUCGACGCCGUGCGACCUGACGCAAGCAGACUACCGGCAAUUAGCCGAGAUGAGCGAAGGAUACUCCGGUAGCGAUAUCAGCAUUGCCGUUCAGGAUGCGUUGAUGCAGCCUAUUCGUAAGAUCCAGACUGCGACGCAUUACAAGAAGGUUAUCGUUGACGGUGCCGAAAAACUCACUCCCUGUUCACCGGGUGACGAGGGAGCGAUGGAGAUGUCAUGGACCGAAGUUGAAUCAGACCAGCUUCUGGAACCGCCGCUGGUGCUCAAGGACUUCAUCAAGGCCAUUAAGAAUUCGCGACCGACGGUCAGUCAGGAAGAUCUGACGCGGAACUCGGAGUGGACGGCAGAAUUCGGCAGCGAAGGUGCAUAG